AUUGUAUAGUCCAGGCUGGUUCAGAACGCCUCAGGUUUUUCUGAGUCCACCACCACCAACUCUCCAGUUCUUUUUACUAGAAAUGGCUACCUGACUUUGGGCAACCUUUGACUACCUCAGUUUCUCACUUAGUGGUGGUAUUAGUGAGGAGAUUGUAGAGUGUUAAUUGUGAUGGCCCCACAGGAGCACUUAGUUACCGCCGUAAAAAGCUAAGGUAAAUUAGCAUAGCCCCGGGGUAAAUUAGCAUACCACCCUCCGCCCCCACCCCCUGCAUUUUAACAGCAAGGCAGCAUCUUUACACUCUGUGGAGGCAUCCCCGGACCUGAUCCCCUUUGGCCUUAGCAUUCCAUUUGCUGUCGGGAUUACUUUUUGGAACUAAUCUUCAGAAGUCCGGAACAGACACUCCCCAAGGCUCCAGGUGACCACUCCUGCUUGACUCCGCCCCACGGAAAGAAGUUACUGCAGUCCUCUCCAGCAGCCUGAAGCUCCUAGCCCCUGAUCCUGAGUCCUGUGAACUGGCUAUCACUUCUCUUGCUUGUGGGGUCUGAGCAACCAGGAGGUCACAUGUGUACAAGCGUGGACUCCUGGAACUGGCAGGGACCUUGGAUUGUGUUGGUCCUCGAUCGCCGAUGGCUUACAUGAACUAUGGUUGUUAUUGUGGCCUUGGUGGCCACGGAGAGCCACGUGAUGCCAUUGACUGGUGCUGCUACUACCAUGACUGCUGCUACUCUCAGGCUCAGGAUGCCGGCUGCAGCCCCAAGCUAGACCGAUACCCGUGGAAGUGCAUGGACCAUCGCAUCCUGUGUGGACCGGCAGAGAACAAAUGCCAAGAACUCCUAUGCAGGUGUGAUGAGACGCUCGCAUACUGCCUGGCAGACACAGAGUACCACCUGAAAUACCUCUUCUUCCCCUCGGUUUUAUGUGAGAAGGACUCACCCAAGUGCAACUAAUAGGCUGAAAUGUCCCUUUGCACAUGGAAAUGAAGUUCGCUUUCAGUGAUGAACAACAGCCUUCGAUUUGCGCAGGAGUCCCUGGAGGCCAAGUGAUGAAGCCUGGGUUUGCUUUCUCCCUCCAUUCGUGAACUCAGGACUAUGAGCCUGUGGAGCUGCCAGUUUGAUGAAGGUUGAGAGUCCUGGGCCUGUUUUAUACAACUGCAACUGUGUUGGGCUUGAUAUAAUUUUUGAAGUCCAACUUUACAAAAAGCUUUACUACUGUGUAACCUGCUGCAGAGGGUUGGUGGUCAAAUGAACACCUGCUUAGGCUUGCUUGUGGUAAUAACAUUGCCACGAUACAUCUAGGAAUUGUUAGUGUAAUAAAGCAUGUUCCCUACCUGUC